AUGCCGUUCGACCCUUCCUCUUUACUCGAAGAAUUAUCCACGGGUGACUUCAUGUAUUUCGCACAUCAUGUAGUAUCGACUGUUGCGCAAGAUAAGACUGCUACGGCCCAGGCUUUGGAUGAUGGAGUGAAUCAUACCGGACCCCAAGAUGAGCAUGAUUGGGAACAAGACGCCACACGCAGGGGAAAUCCGACUUUAGACAGUCGUUCCGUAUACAAUCAAGACCAAACUGCCUCCCCAGAUACUGAUGACAUUGUUGAAGCUCAUCUCAUGGCAUUUUCAAAGAAAAUUGAAGACACAUUGAUUUGGGUAUUUCUAAGCAUUACUUCCAAGGCAGGCACUUCCGCCUACUUGGAAACCACAGUAGUCAAAAACCGACCAGUCGACCAUGUGGAUAUUCGUUCCUCUACAGACAAUCAACCGGGGGUGACAGAGUGA